UUGUAAAACAGGAAACAGAGGCGGAAGCAGCAACAGCAGUUAGCUUGUGGAAUUCCAACCAUCAAUAGACAGAGAAACAAAACCACAGCAAAGCCCAUAUCUGAGGGAGAAGAACGAGUAUCCAUUAGCCGGUUGAGUGGUUUCAUCGGUGGGAGCGACAUGUCAGAGACCUACGAUUUCCUGUUUAAGUUCCUGGUGAUUGGCAGCGCUGGGACUGGGAAAUCAUGCCUCCUUCACCAGUUCAUAGAGAACAAGUUCAAACAGGACUCCAACCACACCAUCGGUGUUGAGUUUGGCUCCAGGGUUGUCAACGUUGGUGGCAAAACAGUCAAACUGCAGAUCUGGGACACGGCUGGACAGGAACGUUUUAGGUCAGUGACCCGCAGUUAUUACCGUGGAGCAGCGGGGGCUCUUCUAGCUUAUGACAUCACAAGUCGGGAGACCUACAAUGCUCUGACUAACUGGCUGACAGACGCACGGACACUGGCCAGCCCCAACAUCGUCAUCAUCCUGUGCGGAAAUAAGAAGGAUCUAGAUGCGGACCGUGAGGUCACCUUCCUGGAGGCUUCUCGCUUUGCCCAGGAGAACGAGCUGAUGUUUAUGGAGACGAGUGCUUUGACUGGAGAGAACGUAGAGGAAGCCUUUCUUAAAUGUGCUCGCACCAUCCUCAACAAGAUUGAAUCAGGUGAGUUGGACCCGGAGCGGAUGGGUUCUGGGAUCCAGUAUGGCGAUGCGUCCCUGAGGAACAUCAGACAGCCCAGGGGCUCUGCUGCACAGACCAAGCAGCAGUGUAACUGCUAGGGUCCUGGAUGCCCUGACUGCUACCUGAUAACAGACCUUUUACACUCAACCUCCCCCCCUCAGUUCCGGGUGUCUCUGGGUAUGCACGCCCUCUUAACCCCAUUCCCCAAAUGUGACACUCCACACCCAGACACAUCUGGAUCAUUUCUUAAGAAGUCUAUCUGCAACUUUUGACCUCUGACAUCGGACAUAAAGCUGUUCGCCAAGGACACUUCUCCGGGCCCCUCUAUACUGGGCUGGAAGGCGUCUAGAGAGGGCCACGGACAGUAGAGGUGAAUCCUGACCUGACUGAGAGACCGUGUGUGUUUUUAACUUAUCCUGUGAUUCUCAUGCACACAUGAAGUUUUGUAAAGUCAACAGCCAUCAACUAGACUUCACUGGACUAGGAUAAACCAUUCAGCGCAAGCAGUGGAUAAAACAUUCCAUAGGUUUUAAAAACUAAAUAUUGUUGAAUCAUUUCAUACAUUGUGACAUAUCUGUCCUUUGCUGGUGUUAAAAGGGUAGUUCAACCAAAAAUAAAAAUUCUGUCAUGAAUCACCUAAGAUCCAUGUGACUGAAUUCCAUAGAACACAAAAGAUGUUGGGCAGUAUGCUAGGCUCUGUCACCAUUCACUGUCAUUACAUCAUUUCACCAUACAAUAAAAGUGAAUGGUGGCUGAGGUGAACAUUCUGCUUAACAUCUCCUUUUGUGUUUCACAGAGGAGAGAAAGUUUUGUGUUUGAAACAGCAUAAGAGUGACAAUAAAUAAUGACACAAUUUUCAUUUUUGAGUGAAUGAUCCUUUGAAGUUGAAUGUCCCAUUUAUGGUUUUGUAAAAGUGACAAAUGAUGAAACAAUUGAGCACGUCAUUGGUCAUCCAUGCAGGUUAGGUGGUCAGCUGUUAGCACAGGCUAAAAAAUAUAUAUACAUAUAUAUAUGUAUAUAUAUAUAUAUAUAUAUAUAAAUGUUGAGAUCCAAACAUUGACUUUUGGUGAGAAAUCAAAGCUGUUUAAAGCCCUUUGCUGUACACUCAUAUAAUCUGUUCUUGGUUCGAGGAAAAAAGAGAAACAUCUGUUCAGACCUUGUCAUUCAGUCAGCACUAUCUGGUGCUUAUCGGAUGUUUACUGCUGCCCUGCUCUGGCUUGGGUUGGAGGUUAUCAUGAAACUAAACCUCAGCCAUCCUCUGCAUGGACCUGCUUCUCUAAUGUCUGCUGGCUAAAUCAUUUAUUGACAUUUAUAACAGCAAAUCUACUGAAUUCUAUUCAUAAGGAAUAAUGUGAUUUUUAGUUUUUUUUUUUUUUUUUUUUACAUUUACACCUACCUGGUUUAACAUUUUACUUGUUCAAAAUUUCUUUAAUGCCCCUAAAAAAUAAUAUAAAUUAUAUAUUUGAUCUGAUUAAAACUUAUAUGUAGAUCUUUGUUCAGAUUUUGGGUGAAUCUCACGAAAAUAGUCGGGUGAUAUUUCACGGCAAAAAUCAAAAGACAAAAUAUGAACAUUAUAUUUUGCAUAAAGAAAAUGAAGUCGUUUUAAAGACCAUUAAGAUUUUCUUUCAUAAUGGUAACAUUUCCUCAGUUCUCAGUAGCCUACUGGAGUGUGAAAAAAAUCUCAUUCUCAUUACUGUAAUGUGAAAAAAUAAUUUGUAUUAUUAUUUAAAUGGUAAAAUUAUACAUCAUACUGGUAUUUGUUGUGCUGAAUUUAAUUUAUGCUUAUUUCAAUUAAAAAUAAAUAAAUCACAUUACAGUAAUGAGUGAUUUAUUUAUUUUCCCACAUUAAAGUAAUUUGAAUUUGGAUGGAACGUGUGAUUGUCUUGAAAAUAAUGUCACAAUGUAGAAAAUAUGAAUAGUCUUAAAAGUAGGCUUAAUUUUCUUCUAGCAAAAUUGUGUGAAUGCAUAUUCGGGGAGAGAAAUGAUCUGGUCCAGAAAUGCCCAGGUCAUCUUUCACGCCAUAAUUAAAAAUAAAUAAAAAUAUGAACAUUAUAUUUUGUAUAAAGAAUUAAGCCUUUUUGUUUUAAAACACCAUUAAAGGGAAAUGAAAAUUCUCUCAUCAUUUACUCACCCUCAUGCCAUCCCAGAAGUGUAUUACUGUCUUCUGCAGAACAAAAGCAAAGAUUUUUAGAAGAAGUAGGUCCAUACAAUGGCAAGUGAAUAGUGACCAGAACUUUAAAGGUCCAAAAGGGACAUAAAGACAGCAUAAAAGUAAUCCAUAAGACUCCAGUGGUUAAAUCCAUGCCUUCAGAAGCGAUAUGAUAGGUGUGGGUGUGGGUCCUUUUGUACUGAAAAUCUACACUUUCACUCUCACAUUCUGGUGUGGAAGUGACUUUUACUUUCAUAUUCAGCCACAUACUGGUCGGGGUUGGUCAAAUGUGGAGAUUGAUAGGACUUAAAUAUUGAUCUGUUUAUUACCCUCACCUAUCAUAUCACUUCUAAAGAUAUGGAUUUAACCACGGGAUUACUUUAUGCUGCCUUUAGAUCCUUUCUGGUCACCAUUCACUUGCAUUGUGAGGACCAACAGAGCUGACAUAUUCUCCUACAAAUCUUAAUUUGUGUUCUGCAGACGUCAGUCAGUCAUACAUAUCUGAGAUGGCAUGAGGGUGAGUAAAUUAUGAGAGAAUUUUCAUUUUUGGAUGAACUGUUCCUUUAAGAAUUUCUUGUAUUGUGAAAUUAUUAUUGUGACAAUCAAGCACAUUUAAAGCCCCCUUAUCCAGUUCUCAGUAGCCAAAUGUAGUGUAAAGAAAUGUCAUAUUAGCGUAAUAAUAUUGAAAUUAAAGCUGGUGUCGUAACAGUUAUCACAAUACAGAAUGGACGACUUAUAUAUAUAUAUAUAUAUAUAUAUAUAUAUACAGGUGCAUCUCAAUAAAUUAGAAUGUCAUGAAAAAGUUCAUUUAUUUCAGUAAUUCAACUCAAAUUGUGAAACUCGUGUAUUAAAUAAAUUCAAUGCACACAGACUGAAGUAGUUUAAGUCUUUGGUUCUUUUAAUUGUGAUGAUUUUGGCUCACAUUUAACAAAAACCCACCAAUUCACUAUCUCAAAAAAUUAGAAUAUGGUGACAUGCCAAUCAGCUAAUCAACUCAAAACACCUGCAAAGGUUUCCUGAGUCUUCAAAAUGGUCUCUCAGUUUGGUUCACUAGGCUACACAAUCAUGGGGAAGACUGCUGAUCUGACAGUUGUCCAGAAGACAAUCAUUGACACCCUUCACAAGGAGGGUAAGCCACAAACAUUCAUUGCCAAAGAAGCUGGCUGUUCACAGAGUGCUGUAUCCAAGCAUGUUAACAGAAAGUUGAGUGGAAGGAAAAAGUGUGAAGAAAAAGAUGCACAACCAACCGAGAGAACCGCAGCCUUAUGAGGAUUGUCAAGCAAAAUCGAUUCAAGAAUUUGGAUGAACUUCACAAGGAAUGGACUGAGGCUGGGGUCAAGGCAUCAAGAGCCACCACACACAGACGUGUCAAGAAAUUUGGCUACAGUUGUCGUAUUCCUCUUGUUAAGCCACUCCUGAACCACAGACAACGUCAGAGGCGUCUUACCUGGGCUAAGGAGAAGAAGAACUAGACUGUUGCCCAGUGUUCCAAAGUCCUCUUUUCAGAUGAGAGCAAGUUUUGUAUUUCAUUUGGAAACCAAGGUCCUAGAGUCUGGAGGAAGGGUGGAGAAGCUCAUAGCCCAAGUUGCUUGAGGUCCAGUGUUAAGUUUCCACAGUCUGUGAUGAUUUGGGGUGCAAUGUCAUCUGCUGGUGUUGGUCCAUUGUGUUUUUUGAAAACCAAAGUCACUGCACCCGUUUACCAAGAAAUUUUGGAGCACUUCAGGCUUCCUUCUGCUGACCAGCUUUUUAAAGAUGCUGAUUUCAUUUUCCAGCAGGAUUUGGCACCUGCCCACACUGCCAAAAGCACCAAAAGUUGGUUAAAUGACCAUGGUGUUGGUGUGCUUGACUGGCCAGCAAACUCACCAGACCUGAACCCCAUAGAGAAUCUAUGGGGUAUUGUCAAGAGGAAAAUGAGAAACAAGAGACCAAAAAAUGCAGAUGAGCUGAAGGCCACUGUCAAAGAAACCUGGGCUUCCAUACCACCUCAGCAGUGCCACAAACUGAUCACCUCCAUGCCACGCCGAAUUGAGGCAGUAAUUAAAGCAAAAGGAGCCCCUACCAAGUAUUGAGUACAUAUACAGUAAAUGAACAUACUUUCCAGAAGGCCAACAAUUCACUAAAAAUGUUUUUUUUAUUGGUCUUAUGAUGUAUUCUAAUUUUUUGAGAUAGUGAAUUGGUGGGUUUUUGUUAAAUGUGAGCAAAAAUCAUCACAAUUAAAAGAACCAAAGACUUAAACUACUUCAGUCUGUGUGCAUUGAAUUUAUUUAAUACACGAGUUUCACAAUUUGAGUUGAAUUACUGAAAUAAAUGAACUUUUCCACGACAUUCUAAUUUAUUGAGAUGCACCUGUAUAUAACAUUGGCAGUAAAAUAUGAACUGGACAUUUCUAAGUAAGAUUUACUUUUUUACAGCAUAUUAAGAGUCAUUUAAAAGUGGUUACCACAAGGUAUUUUGUAACAAUUUGAAAAUAAUUCCUUGCAGCAACCAGAUCUGCUUGACUACUGCAAUGUAGUCCUGAAAUAGGUUCAGAUUGCAGUCAUAUUUUAGGUUAAGUUGUUUGUUGUUUCCUCUGGUUUCCCGUGACAGGGUGAUGGCCUGUGCAGUGCCCUGUUCCUUAUGCUCUUUACUCAGUGAUAUCAUCAUUAUGCACCACGGACAGACCUGUUACGCUCUGUGUUUUAAAAUGUCGUCUAUGCGAUGUGUGGUUUCCCUUUUUCUUUUCUUCAAGUGCACUUUUUUGACUGUUAUAUACUGUACCUAUAGAAUUGUAAAAUUUAUAGUAAUUUAAUUACAUUAAAUGAAAGAAUAUUAUUUGAGGAGUGAUCAUUCCUUACAGAAGAACAACUGAGACUAGUCCGACACAGUUUCAGGGGUAGUGGAGUUUUCUGUUAUAGUCAUAAAUGCGACAAGUUUUCUCCAGCACAAAGCACAGCCUUAACUGACUAACCAUGAUUGUUACAGCGAUUCGAGAGUCGCGUUUGAUCAUAGCUGCUUCAUGCUCUCAAUGUUGUCCAAGCUCUUUUAAUAUGCACCUAAACUGUGACUUCAGUUUUACUUUUUGUCCAAACACGAUCACUUGGACUCCAGGUUAAGCUCUGCACUGCAUAUGUUGUCGUUUUUAGCAGAAAGUAAUUUCAGUUUUGCACUUCCAGUGGAAUUCAGUGUGUCAUUUUAAAGAUUAAGGAUUAUAAUUAAAGUUGUUUUUUUAUGUUAUGUGGAUAUGUCUUUGUAUUGUCUCUGUAGGAGAAGUGUGACAGAGCAACUUGCUUUUUCAGCUUUUUCUUCUUUAACAACUUCUGUUAAUUCAAAAGAGACACUACUUCUUUUUUUUUUUUUUUUUUUUGGAAUCCAAUUAUCUCCCUUUCUGAAGUGGCAAAUACAGCAAACCCUAACAAACUCCAGCAGACUUGACAUUCACAGAGGAACAAAAUACUCUUUUUUUUUUUCAUAGUUACUGAGCCCAGCAGUUUGCAGUCUAAUUAGGUGUUUGCAAAGGCAACCAACACGGUUACUACUGCUCAUAGUUUCUGUUUUUCAAACUCUGUUCAACUGUACGUUUGAAACUUCGGUGCAUCACUAGUCCUGUACCGUUUGUGCUAUGGACAUGAACGAGCUUAAAAUUUGAGGGUAACAAAGAAAUGCCCAUGACAUAUUCCACCCAAAAAUCAAAAUGAACACAUUUGCAUAAGACAAAAAUGUCUGUUUUAUGACUAUUGGGAAUUCUUUGCAUUGUGACAUACAGUAUUAACAUGUUAAUGAAGCACUUUUCUGCCAAAAUCUCAAAUGGGCUGUUUCUACAAUUCGGUUACUUUUUGACUUGAAAAUGAAAUAUACUUUUAUAGGUAGCUUUGUUUAAUCAUUAAAGGGACAUGUUAAAAAUGUUAUAAAUCAUACAGGUCAAACUAAAUAACAAAAUCAGAUGUCCACUGGGUUACAUGGGCAGGGUCAGAGUGGAAGAUAACAGGGUGGACAUUCAGAGAUUUUCAAUUGAUAUAUUUGUAAGCUUAUAAUGAUGAUUUUAUUUCUGUUAACAUAAAUAUAUUGAAAUUUCAAAAUCUUUCCAUAACAGGGUGGACUUGUUAUGCUUGACUGAAUUUGACCUAACAUCACAAAAUAAAGGAAAACAUUAAUAAAACAAUAGUUAUAUACUUUAACUCCAACAUUAUUUUGUUGAAUGGCUGAUGUCCACCUACAAAGUGUGACGACAUUUCAUAACAUAGAUCUUCAACUAAAGGUCACAGUAUCAUGACAUAACAGGCACAAACACCACAUCCUCUACUGUUAGUGUUAAAAUGACACAUUUAACACAAAAGAAUACAUGCUAUUGAGAGAACGUAAUACUACUGAACACUUGAUUGUGUGGAGAAAAAAAUGACAAAUGUGAUAAUUUAGCACUUUUUGUUUUCAAAGACAUUUAAGAUACAGCUCUACGGAAAUAAGGAAAUGACAGUAGUGCAAUAAAUGAAAAUGAGUUCUAUUAUUUAAAAUUUGUCUUUUAGGUCCACAGCUGAUUAUAACAUACACAUUAUCUUUGUAACAAGCCAUUUGAAAUACCAUAACUUGUACUGGGGAGUUAAAUAGUCAUAAAAUUGUUGGAAUGACCCCAAUACUGCAGUGCGAGAAAAAAAUCGAAUUCUCAUUUCUGUUUUACUGUAAUUAAAAUAAUUCUGUCCAGACACAAAGGAAUAUUCUGGGUUCAAUACAAGUUAAGCUCAAUCAACAGCAUUUGUGGCAUAAUGCUGAUUACCACAAAAAUUGAUUUCGACUCGUCCCUCCUUU